UGCUGGAGACAGUGGUCCAAUUGCUAUCGAUGGAGCGUGAUCAGAAAAAAGUAUAUUUGUUUGAUUAAUCGAAUGUUUCAAAGCAAAGCUAAGAAAAGCAGAAAAACGACAAAGGAUUGUUUGAGAAAAGGACGCCGGUCAGUGUUAAACGAAACGGGUUCCAAGUUCCAAACAAGGCCAUCCGGGCCUAAGGACCAACCGUGAGGACUAUUGCAGAUCGUGAGGGCGUUUCAUUUCGUUUUCGCGAAACUACGCGUCGGCGUCUUCUGUUCGCUCGUUCAUUCGGUAGUCGUGGAAUUUUUCCUCUGACACUUUUUAUAAUAUCACUUUAAACAAACGUAGGUUUUUAUCACUCCCGAUACUAGACCAUUAGUCUAAAACGAACCGUCAAUCCGUUUCAAAUGAUCAUUUUAAGGCACUGCAGUACUUUUGCCUACGGUCCUCGUUCUAAAGAUGAUUUGAUGAUUCAGAAUUAGUUACUACGGAAGUCACACGUGUACUAACUUUCUCGAAUAUUCAAACCAAGUGCUUAUCCUAGUGUGAAAAAAGUUACUAUAUUCUCUAGAAUAGUGAAAAGAGUAUAAUUGAAAUCCUUUGCCCCAGGCCCAAACCCCAACUUCUUUUUUACAAAGCUAAGGAUCCUACAAACCUCCUGGCCCGAAAAAUCUCUAAGUUUAAUAAAAUGGCAACAAAAACUUGGUUUGGAAAUGUGCUGUUCGUGUCGUUUCCUUUGGCAAUAUUAGGAAUCGAUUUGAGCAGGCUCUACGGUCACUUACCAGCUGUUUCGAAACGCAACGAGGCUUGCCAUCCAUAUGAGCCUUUCAAAUGCCCUGGUGAUGGAAACUGUAUUUCGAUUCAGUAUCUCUGCGAUGGCGCACCAGAUUGCUCGGACGGGUACGACGAAGAUAUGCGACUUUGUACAGCAGCUAAGCGCCCACCUGUAGAGGAAACGGCAUCUUUUCUGCAAAGUUUGCUAGCCUCGCACGGGCCAAAUUAUCUUGAGAAAUUAUUUGGCAGCAAGGCUCGCGACGCGUUGGCUCCUCUCGGAGGCGUUGAGAAAGUGGCCAUCGCUUUAAGUGAAUCGCAAACCAUCGAAGACUUCGGUGCGGCAUUGCAUCUAAUGAGGUCUGAUCUUGAGCACUUACGAUCCGUUUUCAUGGCCGUCGAAAAUGGAGAUUUGGGCAUGCUGAAAUCCAUCGGUAUAAAAGAUUCAGAGUUGGGAGAUGUUAAAUUUUUCCUCGAAAAACUCGUCAAUACCGGCUUCUUGGACUGAGUUUUAUCUGAUCUGCCGUACAGCAACAGUUUGUAUUAUUUUGUGCCACUUACACCGCAGAUUUAUUCCUUUUUAGGCUCACCGGAUGGUUUCACUUACUAAUUCAAAAAACCAUAUGUUCUUCAAACUAAAAAGCACAGUCAUGUGUGGUUCUACGUGCACACA